AUGUUCCGGAGUCGGACCGAAGGUGGUGUUGGAGCCGGAGGGCUCCAGAGUUCGUUUCGGGGUUCCGGGAGCCCGGAGCGGAGGUCGGGAUUGUAUGGAUAUGACAUGGAAUCGAGCGUUUUUGGGAAGGCAGACUUCAGCUCGAGUGACUACCUAAGCCUUGCAUCCAGCGAUGCGCUGCGGGCAAGGUUCCUGGAUGCCCUGAAACAACACCCCUCUUCACAGGACGGCUCCGCGGACAUCCUUGGUUCAAGGUUGCUAGAUGAAAGUUUUCCAGUACAUACAGCUCUCGACGCGGGCCUCGAAGAAUUUUUUUUAUGCGCCAUCCGCACUGCUGGAGAUGUGAUCAUUUACGAUUCUCUGAUCCAUGCAUCAGUCCGUGAUGGAAUGAGGGCGUCUCGGGUUCAUCCUUCCAUGUGUAGAAAGUUCAAACACAACUCGGUCUCUGAUCUUCGGUUACAAGAGAUCCUCAGAACAUGCCCAAGCAUUCGGGAAGGAAAAGCAUGUGUUUUCAUUGCCGUCGAAUCUCUUUACUCCAUGGAUGGUGAUUUCGCGCCACUUCAUGAAAUUGUGACUCUCGCAGAGGAUCAAUUCCCUUUUAAAAAUGCACAUGUCAUUGUUGACGAAUCCCAUUCCACUGAUAUAUGGAGAAAAUGGAAAAAGAAUAUACUCGUCCGAUUGCAUACGUUUGGAAAAGUUUUGGCAUCGGUGGGAGCUGUUAUCAUGACUACUCCCUGGCUUCGUGAAUAUCUAAUCAACUAUGCACGACCCUUCAUGUAUACCACAUCAUUGUCUAUCUAUCACAUCAUCGCGAUGCAAUGUGUUAUCGGCAUGCUGAGAGAAGGUGUUGUUCAAAAUCGAAUCGACCAUCUGCUUCACCUUUCAUCUCGUCUGAACUCCAUCCCUGAUUCGGAAUCUAUCAUCGUCCUGCCCGAUCAGACGCACACUUGUCAACCUUCCAACAUGGUCACUGCCUCCUUGGUGUCGCCGAUCAUACCGUUGCUUACGCCAUCCUCAAACCCCCGGCACUGGCCUAAUGCUCUUGCUCGAUUUUUGCAAACUGGAGGAGUGGAUCUCUCUGCCUCGCCCUCGUCUCAUCAGAUGAAAGGGAUUGGUACUUUGGAUUACACGGCACAACGUCGAUAUCUCGCAUAUGAUAUUACACCGCCGAUUGUUCUUCGUGCUGCAUCUUGA